AUGUCCGCAAAGGUACCGGCCUGGAAACGAUUGGGCCUCAAGCUCAAGUCCGGCCCAGAGAUUGGCGGCCCUGCUGCCGAGGGAUCGAAGCCCAACGGUCACCAGCAACACCACGACGCCCGGAACGCCAACGGCGCGGCGGACGCCGCCAGCGCCGCCGCCAAAAGGAAACGUCCCGAGCACUCGUCCGUUCCCCCUGCGUUCAGCUCCCCCCUCAAAAGGACCCGCACCGACGACCAUCACCAUGCUGCUGCCACUCCCCCGACCCUGAGGAAGCAGAAGUCCGUCACUUUCACCGAAGACACGAAGAACCCGACCGCCGCCGCCGAGUCGACAAAGAAGAAGAACAAGAGCAAGAAGCCGGCCAAGCCCGCGACGCAGCAGCCGCAGGCCGACAUCAAGCCCUCCCUCGAGUACCUCCGCGCCUGGAAGCACGCCCGCGCGACCUGGAAGUUCAACAAGAACUACCAGUCCAUCCUCAUGAAGCGCGUCUUCCACACCGAGGCCAUCCCCUCGGCCGACAUCGACACCUUCUACGAGUACAUCCAGGACCUCAAGGGCUACACGCGGACGCGGCUGCGCGAGACGGCGGACGAGGUCAGGAAGGAGGACGCCGCCCAGGGCAAAGCCGCCUUCCCCGACGGCACGCCGGACGCGGACUCGAAGCAGUCCGAGUACGAGAAGGUCCUGGCCGGGCUGAAGCAGCUCGGCGCCGAGGAUGGCAGUAGUAGUGGCAAGAGGAAGCGCUUCGACGAGAGCGGCUUCGUGGCGCAGUCGAGCGACGUCGCCAUCACGCAGCGUGUGAUCAAGCGCAUGCGCGCCGAGACGAUAUUGGAGGAGCUCGCGGAGAGCGAGGACAGCGAUGCCAUGACCAUUGACACGGAGGAGGCGCCGCCAAAGGCUGCUGCUGCUGCUGUUCAGGAGGAGACGGUCGACAAGAGGGUGAAGCUCAACGACGGCACGAAGCAGAGUGCCUCUCGCCGUCGUAAGCAGCGGACGGCCAACGUCGACAGCAGCUCUGACGAGUCUUCCGAUGACGACUCUGACGACGACUCGAGCAGCGACAGCGACUCGUCGGACGACGACUCCGACAACGAGUCCGAGGUGCAGCGCCAGGCUGCGCAGCGGGAUGCCGAGGAGACCUCCAGCAGCUCGUCGUCCUCGUCCGAGGAGGAAGACGACGACAGCAGCGAUGAUGACAGUUCGGAAGAGGAGGAGGUUACUACGAAGAAGAAGAAGUCUGCCGGCAAGAGGUGA